AUGGAUAAAAUAAGCUCCUAUGAGCGCCGGAUUGUGCAGGAGACUGCUGGUAAUGGCGAGACUGACAGUUCCAAUGCUGGUCUGGACGAAUUGAUGGAUGAGCUGGAGGACGACGACUUCAUGGCAAGCUAUAGAGAGAAGAGAAUGCAGCAGAUCAGCGAUCACCUGCGGUUGGUCGAGAAGAACGUGAAAGAAGAGGGAUAUGGCUCAUUGCUGAACACUGAAGAUGAAUCGAUGCUCAUAAAGAGGCUAACGAAGGCAGAUAAUGCUGUGGUUCAUUUUGCCCUUGAUAAGUUCGCCAAGUGCCAGUACAUGGAUCGUCAGCUGAGCGAGCUUGCCCAAAACCAUCCUACAACGAUUUUUCUCAGGAUUGACGUCGAGAAAUGCCCAUUCCUGGUCUCAAAGCUUGGCAUAAAGGUUUUACCUUUUGUAGUGUGCUACAAACAAGGCAAGGAAGUACUUCGGAUAGUCGGGUUUUCGAAGCUGGGAAAUAACCCCGACCACUUUUCACUAUCCUCACUUGCUUCGCUGCUUCGCAGUAAGCGUGUUAUAGGUGGUCUAGGUCUCGAUGGGCAGUCAGACAGUAAUGCAGAUGACAGUGACAGCAUGAGCGACGAUAACUAG